UUCAGCAACGGGAACCCGCUCGCAGCCCCAGCGAAGGUUAUCUCGGUCAGGACCGGUUAGCGCCGGUCGCCCAGGCGAAGGGGGUGUGCGCGGGAAAGGCGGAGUCCGCCGGGGGAAGACCCCACCUCCGGAGAGAUGACAGAGCCAGUCAAGAGAGCGCAGCGCGGCUGCUGCUGCCUCAGACCCAGUCGGCGGUGUGCGCUCCGCUGCUGCGCCUCCGUCAGCCUCCCGCCGCCGCCAUGCGAGAUUACGACGACAUCAUCGCCUUUCUGGGCGAGUGGGGCCCCUUCCAGCGCCUCAUCUUCUUCCUGCUCAGCGCCAGCAUCAUCCCCAACGGCUUCAACGGCAUGUCCGCCGUCUUCUUGGCCGGCACCCCGGAGCACCGGUGCCGGGUGCCGGCCAGCGCUAACCUGAGCCGCGAGUGGCUCAACGCCAGCAUCCCGCUGGAGGAGCGCGAUGGGCAGCAGGUCCCGCAGCGCUGCCGCCGCUACAGCCUGGAGGCCAUGGCCAACUUCUCCGCCCGCAACCUGGUGCCCGGGCGAGACGUCAACCUCAGCCAGGUGGAGCAGGAGAAGUGCCUGGACGGCUGGGAGUACAGCCGAGAGCCCUACCUCUCCACCAUCGUCAGCGAGUGGAAUCUGGUGUGUGAUGAUGACUGGAAAACCCCCUUAACCACAUCUUUGUUCUUUGUGGGUGUGCUGCUUGGAUCCUUUGUAUCAGGACAGCUCUCAGACAGGUUUGGCAGAAAGUCUGUUCUAUUUGCAACCAUGGGUGUGCAGACAGGUUUCAGCUUCCUGCAGAUCUUCUCAACCAGCUGGGAAAUGUUCACAGUUCUUUUUGUUCUAGUUGGCAUGGGGCAGAUUUCAAACUACGUUGUGGCCUUCAUAUUAGGCACAGAAAUUCUUGGCAAAUCAGUUCGUAUUAUAUUCUCUACAUUAGGAGUUUGCAUAUUUUUUGCAAUUGGCUACAUGUUGCUGCCACUAUUUGCUUACUUCAUCAGAGAAUGGCGGAUGCUGCUACUGGCUCUUACUGUACCUGGGGUUUGCUGCGUUCCACUGUGGUGGUUCAUUCCCGAGUCUCCUCGGUGGUUGAUCUCCCAAGGAAGAUUUGAAGAAGCUGAAAUUAUUAUUCGAAAGGCUGCCAAAAUAAAUGGUGUUCCAGCCCCAGCAAUACUUCUAGACCCUGUGGAGAUACAAGAUAUGAAGGCCAAGCAGCAGCAAGGAUUGCUUCUGGACUUGUUCAGAACCCGAAAUAUUGCAACUAUCACUGUCUUUUCUCUUCUCUUGUGGAUGUUUACAUCUAUUGGCUACUUUGGCUUGUCACUCAACACCCCCAAUCUACAUGGAGAUGCCUACCUCAAUUGUUUCCUGUCAGCAGUAAUUGAGGUUCCAGCCUAUGUGAUUGCUUGGCUUCUGCUCCGAACCUUACCUCGGCGUUAUUCAAUAGCUGGCACCCUUUUCUUUGGUGGAGGAGUUAUUCUGUUCAUUCAGCUGGUACCUCCAAACCUCAACCUCCUGUCUGUUAUCUUGGUGAUGUUGGGAAAAUUUGGCAUCACGUCUGCCUUCUCUAUGCUUUAUGUUUACACCGCAGAGCUCUAUCCAACCAUAGUAAGAAACAUGGCAGUAGGUGCCACCUCCAUGUCAUCCCGUGUGGGCAGCAUCAUUGCUCCUUACUUUGUUUACCUUGGUGCCUAUGAUAGAUUUCUACCUUAUAUUGUCAUGGGCAGUCUGACUGUGCUGAUAGGGAUUCUCACCCUGUUUCUCCCAGAGAGUUUUGGAAAUCCUCUGCCAGAGACGUUUGAAGAGAUGCUGCGAGUUAAAGGAUUCAGAAACAGAAAACACACCUACAAAAUAGGGAGUUCAAAGCAGAGUGAACUGAACUCCAGGAAUAUGAGAACAUCGUUAUGAUCAUAUAUCUUUGCCUUUUACUAAAAUGAACAACCAGGACUUGUUAAAUUGCAACUAUGAAGAUAAAUGAAAAAAAAAUAUUUACCAUACUAGGCAGCAGUUGUCCUAAUAAUCUCAUGUUUCAGAACACUGGUGUACCAAAUGUGUGGGUUUUUAUGCUAAGUCAUUGUCAGCAUGUAUAAAGCUCCUCCAUCAUAUUUUAA